UCUGAUCUCCUCCUCCUCUGAUCUCCUCCUCCCAUCCCCUCCUACUCUCACCUCCUCCACCUCAUCUCUUCCCGUGUAGAAAUUGACUUCCACCUUCUCACCAUACCUCACACUCCGAUCUUCUAGCAUAACCAGUUACAAUGCAGAAAGAAGCCUACCAGGAUCCUCCUCCUAAUUAUGACGCCAUCACAACCACCGCCCCUCCCGAGAGCUACCCGAUCUCAUCACACACCGGAGAACGUGCGCUGGUUAAAGGGGUCCCUCCAGGACUCCAAAGACUGCUACAGGUGAACCAGAUCUCCAUGCAAGAGAAAUUUACGGCGUCGCAAGGCUGGGGGCGGAGCUUUGAAGUUCUGGAUCAAAUGGGCCAGCGGAUGUAUGAGGCCACUCAGACAGUGAAGUGUUGUGGGCCCAUCUACAAUCUGAAGGUCCAGGACAACGCGGGACAGGAUGUCAUGGAGUUGUUGGAGCACUGCGCGUGUCGCUGUUCUCAUUUGAUGGAGGUGAUUGUCCCAUCAUAUGGGCUUGUUGGAUUGAUCACUUUGCACUUGAAAGCCUUUGUCACCCACAUGUCUAUCAUGAACCCAUCAAAUGAGGUUGUUUUGAUGAUCCUAGGACCCAGUUUCCAGACCAGCAUCUUUGGGAACGUAACCUUUGAGGUGAAAUCUCGGGAUGAGCAGUAUGUCGUGGGGAUGAUAAAAGGUGAGGGGAACCAGUAUACCCUCACAUUUCCGAUGGACAUGGAGGUGACAAUGAAAGCCGUCAUACUGGCCUCCUGCUUCUAUCUGGAUUCCAUGAUUUAUGCCAAAAGGAGACACGUGGCCAACCCUCCAAGCAACAACUAAGCAGAUGUUGAAGUCUCAUGAUGCAAACUGGUUUUCUCGUGUCAUGACUACAUGGAAAUACUGAAUAUCUAGAAAAUAAGAAACUCUAUUCAGUAUCAUGUUGGAAAAUCCUAAUCUUCGAUAACAGCUGUCAUCUGUUGCAACCCGUGGGGUAAUCAAGACCAGAGGUCAUCCACGGGACUCUGAUUUGGCUGCGACUAAAUCCAUUGGGAAUUUUGAACACAGUCUUUUGUCUUUAUCCACUAGAAUUUUGGUAAUCACCAAUCUUCCCCACAUUAAUGGGAUGACAUUGGCCUCUACUGAUGAGAAUGUUUGACUCCUCCUGAGGAAGCAGCUGUAGCUGUGAAACAUGUAGAGGUUUACGUCAAGAUAUACUUCUCAGCUCCCCAUACUAUCUAUAGGGGUCAUUUGUUCUUUUGGAACCACAUGUACUAACUAUGCACGGUUGUAAUUAACAGUCUAUUAUUUAAUGUACAAAUCGUUUUUAACUGUGUUUUUUUUCUUAAUAAAUUGUAAAUUUUAUUAUAA